ACCGAAGCGAAGGACAACGUGGCGACGUCACGCGCGUGCAUGUUACGCUGCUUUACCGGCGCAGCGGCGCUCGCUGUGUCCGGUGCACGCGUGUGACGUAGCGAGCGGAUCCUGUCGGCAGCAGGUGAGGUCAAAGGAGCGGAAGAGCCGACAGGUGCGAGGGCUUCAUUUAGCUUCAAGCUAGCAAGCUAACAGCGGACAAAUGGAGCCGAAGAACACGGCGCGCAGCGAGAGCCUCGUCAUCUGGCUGCAGACCUUCAACACUGCGGCGCCCUGCAGGACGGUGGAGGACCUGACUACUGGAGCAGCGAUAUCACAGGUCCUGCAUCAGAUAGACGCGGCGUGGUUCUCUGAUGGGUGGCUCAGCCGCAUCAAGGCAGACGUUGAUGACAACUGGAGACUGAAGAUGAACAACCUGAAGAAGAUCCUUCAGAUGGUGGUGGAUUAUUACAGGGAGGUCUUGGCCCAGGAGAUCUCCGACUUCCCUUUGCCCGACGUGGCCGUGGUGGCGGAGCACUCUGACCCGGUGGAGCUGGGCAGGCUGCUGCAGCUCGUCCUGGGCUGUGCUGUCCGAUGUGAGCGUAAACAAGAAUACAUUCAGAUCAUCAUGACCUUGGAGGAGUCCGUACAGCACGUUGUCAUGACAGCCAUCCAGGAGCUCAUGAGCAGAGAGAUCGUCGGCCCGUUGGGAGCAGAACCAUCCGGAGACUUGGAGCUGCAGCUGAAAAAAGCCGUGGAGGAUCUUGCUGAACUUCUAGCUGAGAAGGAAGCGUUGGCUCAGCGCUGCCAAGAGCUGGACAUCCAGGUGGCAGUCCUGCAGGAAGAGCGAAACAGCUUAUUGGCUGAGAAUGACGUCCUGACGGACCGAGCCAGUCAGCUGGACACGUUCGACGACCCGAGCACCCCCUCCGGGAGGAAGCACAGCCAGCUGCAGCAACAGCUGGAGGCGAUGCAGGAGGAGAACUUCAGGCUGGAGGCGGCUAAGGACGAUUACCGGAUCCAUUGUGAGGAGCUGGAGAAGCAGCUGAUCGAGAUCCAGCACCGCAACGACGAGCUCACCGGCCUGGCAGAAGAGUCUCGGGCUCUCAAAGAUGAACUGGACGUUCUGAGGAACUGCUCGGAUCGGGUGGUGAUGCUGGAGGCCUCUGUGGACACAUACAAACGUAAACUGGAGAAUCUGGGCGACCUGAAGAGGCAGAUGAAGCUGCUGGAGGAGAACAACGUGACCUACAUGCACAACACCGUCAGCUUGGAAGAGGAGCUGCGUAAAGCCAACGCGGCCCGCGCUCAGCUGGAGACCUACAAGAGACAGGUCCAAGAGCUACACAGGAAGGUGACGGAGGAGUCUCGGCGAGCAGACAACCUGGCCUACGAGAUGAAGAAGCUGGAGGAGAAGCACGAAGCUGUGAUGAAGGAAAAGGAGAGGACCAUCAUGGAGAGAGAUUCCCUGAAGGAAAUCAACGAGGAGAUGAGAUGUUCUCAGGCUCAGCAGCAACAUUUCUCCCAAACCGGGGUUCUUCCUUCCAGCAGCCACGAGAACCUGGCAGCUGAGCUCAUUCCCAUCGAGUACAGAGAGAGCUUCAUCCGGCUGCAGCAUGAGAACAAGAUGCUCAGAGUCCAGCAGGAGGACUUUGAGAGAGAGAAGAUCUUGUCUCUGCAGGACCAGCUGGAGGACGCUCAGAGGACGAGAAGUGAGCUGGACACCGAGAACCGGUUGAGUCGAGAGCGGAUCAGUGAGCUCCAGCAGCAGGUGGAAGAUCUGCAGAAAGCCCUUCAGUGUCAGGGCGCCAAACCUGACGACGUGAGUAGCAGAAGAACUUAUAGCUUCAUCUCAUUUACAUGUGCUCCUUUUCAAAUGUGGUCCAUCUCAUUUCAGUCCAACCUGAAGCGGAAGCUCGAUGCUCACAUGGUCCAGCUGAACGAGGCCCAGGAUGAGAUCAUGAAGAAGAAAGAGCUGCUGGAGGACCUUGAACCUGACAACACUCCAACCUCCUCCAAGGUGGAGGAGCUGAAUGCUGCACUGAAGAAGAAGGAUGACGACAUGAGGGCCAUGGAGGAGAGGUAUAAGCUGUACCUGGAGAAGGCUCGCAACGUGAUCCGAGCUCUGGAUCCUAAACUGAACCCGGCUACAGCGGAGAUCCAGAACCUCCGGAACCAGCUGGCAGAUCGGGACAAACAGAUUCUCCACCUGGAACGGCAGUGUGAGCAGAACAAACUGAGGGAGUACGAGGAGAAGCUGAUCGUCACCGCCUGGUACAACAAGAGCCUGAACUUCCAAAAGCUGGCGGUGGAGUCCCGUCUGAGUGGCUGCACCUCCUCCGCGUACCCCCCCACCCCCUCCUUCCUGUCCCAGCAGAGGCACGUUUCAAACGCACCUCGCCGGGCGCUCUCCAUCAGCGCGACCUCGGCGACCUCCAAGUAGAGCCUGGUCACAGGGUCACAUGACCUGCAGCCAGCGGACAGAUGGCACCCCUCCCCCCUCCAACCCUGAGCAUCACAAGUGCCCUUAAACACACCUGCUCUCACAGGAGGAGACGCCAAUACUUUCAUUCAUAAAGAAAUCCUUCAUCUCUUCUCAGGAUUUGAACUUGAACAGAAAUCAGAAAUGUUCAUAUUCUUAAAAAUAUGUUUGUAUACACACACUAAAUAUGAAUUAAUUAUUGAAAUGUUGAAAUGUUUCAGUCAUCCAAUCUAACAAACUGAGGAAUGUUGUGAGGAAUUGAUGUAAAAUGAAAGAAAAAUCUAAGCUCCGUUAUUAAUGAACAUCUAACAGGUUCUUACCCAAAGUGUCUGAAAUAAUAACGUCCAAGCUUUUUACUUAUUUCCCAUAUUUUGAUUCUGAGAGGAAACAGUGAUUUAAAAGAUGAACACUUUUGAUCUUUAUUUUUAUUUUUAUUAUUCAUCAUAUGUGGAUGUUGUGCGCAAUCUUUCAGGCUGUUUGGGCUAAAGGUCAGAGGUCAGUGGUAGAGGUUUCUCCUGUGGCAUUGUGGGUAAUUGGCUGUUUGACCUGCAGUCUGAACUUGAACUGAUUUUAUUCAACAACACUUUUAUCAUUUCUGCUGUGGAUCUUUAUAAAAAACAAGCUCAUGUUCAA